AUGAAGCUCCAGCACCGAGUUCUGCCAUGGCGGCGGCUCUCCCAGGCACCGCGCGGGCGGCACUUCUCCACCUCGUGGUCCUGCCUGGACAUCAGGCACAUCUCAGAGCUGCCCGCGCGCAUCAAGCCGGCGUACGUGCAGUCGCCCGCGAACACGCUGCUCAGCCUGCAGUGGCCGUCGCCGCCGCGCAACAUCCUCAUUACGAAGAAGAAGCGCACGCCCAACAUCACCGAGUCCGUCGUCGAGUUUGCGUUGCACGUGCACUCGACGUACCCGUCCAUCAACGUCAUUCUGGACAGCGAGUCCGCGGGCGAGAUACACGAGCAGCUGAGCUUCCCUGUCUACACCUACCAUGGCGCCGUGCAGGCCCUCUCAGAUAAAACCGACCUGGUCUGCACGUUGGGGGGAGACGGCACCCUGCUGAGGGCCAGCAGCCUGUUCAGCCACGUCGAGAGCGUGCCGCCCGUGCUGAGCUUCGCCAUGGGCACCAUAGGCUUCCUCGGCGAGUGGAAGUUCAACGAGUACAAGCGCGCCUUCAGGGAGAUGUACAUGAGCGGUGCGCCCGACACGUACUCGACGCUGUCCGACUCCCUGGGGGCGAGCCCGUCCACUCCUCCCACGUCGCCGGACGACCCGCUCGACAAGCCGCUCUCGUACGCCGACAUCCGCGGGAAAGCCAUGGGCGUCCAGCGCAGCGCAAGAGUCCUGCUGCGCAACCGCCUCAAGGUUGGCAUCUUCGCCCCAGACGGGACGCGCAUCGGCGGAACCGGCCCGGCAGACACCUACGCCCUGAACGAAGUCACCCUGCACCGCGGCUCCAGCCCGCACCUCAAGAUCAUCGACGUCUACAUCAACAACCGCUUCCUCACCGAGGCCGUCGCCGACGGCAUGAUCAUCAGCUCGCCCACCGGCAGUACCGCGUACAGUCUCUCCAGCGGCGGCAGCAUCGUGCACCCACUCGUCCCAUCUCUGCUGCUCACGCCCAUCUGUCCGCGAUCGUUGUCGUUCAGGCCGCUUGUGCUGCCUGCCGAGACGCCCAUCACGCUGAAGCUCGGCGAGAAGAACAGGGGCAAGCAGGUCGAGGUCAGCAUUGAUGGCAGCACCGUCACUGAAGGCCUGGGCUCGGGCAUGGAGGUGAGAGUCAUGGGUGAGGAUGUGAGGACGAAGACGGGCGAGUGGCACGGCGGAGUGCCUUGUAUUGUAAGAGCCACGGGUGGGCGGGACGAGCAGACCGAGGAUCACUGGGUUGGCGGGCUAAACGCAUUGCUGAAGUUCAACUAUCCGUUUGGGGACCAGGAUCCAUGA